AAGCUUGGUCCAAGCUUUGGCCAAUGGUUUCUUCCAACCAGGGAUUGGAAUUGCAGCGAUAAAAAUAUAUUAGAAAUAUAGACCCGAAGUGCCGAAAAAAUCAAUUUAAUAUGAUUAAAAUUUGACAACAAAAUCAGUCAAAUUUUCUUUAACUUCUCUAAUACGAUUGCCUUUAUCUACAAAUUUGUCGCUUUGACAUGAAAUAUAUUUAUCUGUACACGCAAUAAGUGGAAAGCUCAUGCGCGCCAGAUAGGAAAAUGGAAACCAAAUACACACAUCUAUACUAAUGAUUAAAUUUCUCAGUCUGCGUCCUACAUCUGCCUGCAGAUCAAACCAUACAGUAGUCGAAAUAAAUUUAUUAAACUAUUGAAUAAAUAAAUAUCAAAAAAUGGCGAUCAGAAGAUUAGAAUCUUGCUGUUGUUGCUUUGAUUUGAAAACAGGAGUUAUGGUCAUCGGAAUUUUGAGUAUUGUGUUAGCUAUCGGUGGGUUAAUCCAAGCACCAAUUUCUUAUAACACAGCAUGUUCGGGCGAUAGAACUGUCGACAAUGAUGAAGAAUGUGCUAAAGCGAGUUCUCAAUUGGGCUCGUCAAUAAGCAGUGAAAUUAUUGGGAUUAUUUUGAUGUCUCUAACACUCUAUGGAUCUCAAGCGGAAAAUUACCGAUUUAUGCUGCCGGCAAUAAUUUUGCAAGCAAUUGGCCUAGUAAUUAUAUCCAUUGUCUUUUGGUAUUUGAUAAUUAUUGUCUUCAUGUUUUCUGCUGUAUAUGGAUUCCUAGUACUAUUUUUAACACAUUUAAUAUUAGUUUGUUGUGGAUACUUUUGGCUCGUUAUGUACAGCCGCUGUGAAGAAAUUAAGAACAUGAGUUAUACAGCAGCUGACAUUGCAUAAAUUAUUUUAUUAUUAUUAAAUUGUUGAAUUUUUUUUUAAAUUAUUUUUAUAAUUAAGUAUAUUUUUGAUAUUAUAUAUCAUAUACUUUUGCUAUACUGAAGUAUUCAA